AUGACAACUUCUUUGAAGUACUAUAGCUGCGAAGAUUUGGCAAGCAUAUUAAAUAAUAUGUUUAUGAUCAUUACUGUUGGAAAUUUUAUAAUGGGAAUUUUGGGAAAUGGAUUUGUUGUACUGGUUAACUGCAUUGACUGGAGUAGAAGCUGCAAAUUCUUCCUGAUUGAUAUUAUUCUCACCUGUUUGGCUAUUUCUAGAAUACUUCUGCUAUGCAUAGCAAUUUUGAGUAUUGGCUUGAAUGCAAUCUAUGAGAAAAUAUUGUACAAUAAUAACCUGCUGAUAAGUUUUCCCCUGCUGUGGACAGGACUCAGCUAUUUCUGCAUGGCCUGUACCACCUGCCUCAGUGUCUGCUAUUUCCUUAAGAUAGCCAUCUUCUCUAAUCGCAUUUUUCUCUGGAUGUAGUGGAGAAUUCACAAGGUGCUUUUCUUUAUUGUACUGGGGGCAACCAUCUUUUUCUGCAUAUGCCUUAUUUUGAAGAAUUCAGUAGUUAAAAGACAAAUCAAAGACCAGGUAAAAACUGAAAGCACUUCAACAUGGAACUACACAGUGAGACUACAGAAUUUGUUAACUUUUCAGGUGCUCAUUUAUGUGGUGUUCAUCAUACCUUUUGUAGUGUCACUGACCUCUUGUUUUCUUUUAAUCCUUUCCUUAUGGAGUCCUACCAGACAGAUGAAGGGCACAAGUUCUAGGGAUCUUAGCACAGAGGCCCAUGUGAGAUGCAUGAAGUCUAUGAUUUCAUUCUCACUCCUUUCUGUGAUGUACUAUUUGAGCAAUAAUAUCAUAGGAUGGAACUAUGCUCUUCUAGACAACGUUGUGGCAAAGAUAUUUGCUGCUAUUCCUAUUUUGUUCUAUCUAUCUGGCCACUUCUUUCUUCUUAUUUUAUGGAACAGCAAGUUGAAAAAGGCUUCUCUCUGUGUCCUGAGGAAUCUGAAGAGUUGCAUGAAUAAAAUGAAAACUGCAUUUCCAUUAAAAAAAAAAAGGAUUAGAGAUUUGGUCUUUAUGACUCUUAGCUAUGGUUUAAAUUUUUUUGAGGGGAAGUUUCUACAAAGUCUACCACCAUAUUUACUAUAG